AUGGAUUUGCUUGACAUACUUUCGUGCCUGCAGGCAAAGGCCCCAAUGGAUCAUAGUUUACUGAGGUUUACUGUGAAGAUAAAGUUGGAUAUAUUUAUACAGCCUGUAAAACUUGGAUUUGCACCGACGCAAGAAUUAAGAGGCACACAUCUCUGGUUGGGACCCAUACCACUCAGGAGAGCCUCAAAGGGCUCUCUCUCGUUUACACCCACACACCCUUCCUGCCAUUCCCCCAAUCCCCCAAAGGCGCAGGCGGUGGGCGGCGUGGGAUCGGAUCUCGCUCCUCCAGGCAUGUCUUUCUCCGGCGCCGGCGUCGGCAGUAGGUUCAUGGCUUUCUCUCCCUCACCGUCAGCUCUUCACUCGCCUCAUCUUUCCGGUCUUCGCUCUGCCGCCGCCUCCUCUGCUCUCCUCGAGCAAGAGAAAUAUUUAUCUGAGUUACUGGAAGAACGUCAUCAUCUUAGUCCUUUCACGGCUGUGCUUCCCCUCACCUACAGAUUGUUAAGCCAAGAAAUUUUGCGUGUAACCACUCUGUUGGGGAAUGCAUCAGUUUUAGGUCAAAGUGGGCUUGAACAUGGUAGCCCCCUGGCUUCUGGAGGAUUAUUUUCAAAUGGAGGUGCCGAUAUGAAUGGAUGUGCAUCACGAUUUCAAUCAGAAGUACGGAUACUAACCAUUAACAUUAACUUCUUUUCCGUCUAAUACUGUAUUUUAGAAGCAUUUCUGACAAUUUUUACAUUUCAUGCUAACUCAUAACAUGUGUUCAGGUGCUUACAGGUUUAAAUGUUGUUAGUGGCAGGUAGUGCUAAGCUAACUUAAUCAAGUUCUGACAAUCAUUAAUAGCUUAGCUUCUGAUACCGGAAUCCUGCUAAGGGUUCUGGCUUUUGUCUUCUUUUGGACUUGAGAUAUACUAGAUUGGAUGUAAAUGAUUGACAACCCUUAAAUUUUGUGACCACUAUAACUACUGUAAAAUAACAAAUGUAAAUGAAAUGUAAUGCAAUGUGUCAGCUGUGGAAACAUGUGCGUAUUAAGAUGGGAAUCUUGUUUAAUGCGGUUUUGUUUUAUUUUAUUU